AUGACGACAGUACAAAAAAUCAAAGAUAUCGAAGAUGAGAUGGCCAAGACGCAGAAGAACAAGGCGACCAGUGCCCAUCUCGGAAUCCUCAAGUCCAAGUUGGCAAAACUACGCAGAGAGCUACUGACGCCUACCUCGAGCGGGGGAGGUGCCGGCGUCGGCUUCGAUGUCGCUCGAACGGGCAUCGCGAGUGUCGGCUUUGUCGGCUUCCCCUCGGUCGGCAAAUCGUCACUCAUGUCUGGCUUGACGGGCACGACUUCCGAAGUGGCUGCCUACGAGUUCACAACACUCACGACUGUGCCAGGCACGAUGAACGUACACGGCGCAAAAGUACAGAUACUCGAUUUGCCCGGUAUCAUCGAAGGCGCCAAGGACGGCAAAGGUCGCGGUCGGCAAGUCAUCGCAGUCGCGCGCAGUUGCAACUUGCUCUUCCUCGUCCUCGACGUCUGCAAGCCUCUGGGAGACAAAAAGAUCAUCGAGGAUGAACUGGAAGGCUUCGGCAUACGGCUCAACAAAUCGCCUCCCAACAUCACUUUCAGGAAGAAGGACAAGGGUGGUAUCAACAUGACCAACACCGUCCCGCUCAAUCAUCUCGACUUCGACAUGGUCAGAGCUAUCCUAUCAGAGUACAAGAUCCACAACGCCGAUGUUGCCUUUCGAUGCGAUGCCAAUGAGGACGAUCUGAUCGAUGUCGUCGAGGGCAACCGGAUCUACAUUCCUGCCAUCUACGUCCUCAACAAGAUCGAUGCCAUCUCGAUUCAGGAGCUGGAUCUGCUCUACAGGAUACCGAACAGCGUGCCCAUCUCGGCCCGACAAUGGUGGAACAUCGACGAGCUCAUCGAGGUCAUGUGGGAGAAGCUCGAUCUCGUGCGAGUCUACACAAAGCCGAGAGGACAGCAGCCCGAUUACUCUUCGCCCGUUGUGCUCCGAUCACACAGAUGUACCGUCGAAGACUUUUGCCAAUCCAUCCACAAGGACAUCAUCAAGCAGUUCAAAUAUGCUAUCGUCUGGGGUACCAGCGCGAAGCACUCGCGAGGGCAUAAAGCAGGUCUGGCGCACCGUCUCGAGGACGAAGACGUGCUGUGCAUCGUCAAAAAGUGAACCGGACCUUACAGUGUUGUUGCUUACCACCAGUCGCUUUGCAAGCAUAGUCUGUUCUGCUGAAUGAUCACAUCCGUCCAGGAGGGCGCAUCAGAGCAAUUUGAGGUGACCCGUGACUUGAUCGAUCAGUUGCUUCGGCGCAGGACCGAUGCCCAAUACCGUCGUCGAGCCUGCUG